AAACAUUACCGUUUAUAUGGUUUUUACAGGUACUGUAGUCCUAGACAAAAAGGAAGUCCCUUUCACUAGAAAAGCACUAAACUUUGUACUCUUUCUCACAGAUUCCUUCACUUCCUCUCUCAAAUUUCCCUAGAAAAUCACCCUCCAGAAAGCUUACAAGAAACCCAUGUCUGCAAUACCCAGUUCAAGUCUUGGGAUCUUGAUUGAGUUAAGAAGUGUUAGUGGUGAUUCUUCUAUAGCUUUUGGUAGUUUUUGUAAAUAUUUUGGUUCAUCUAAUGAUGCCACCAAAAAGAAAGAAAUGGACAGAAGUAGAAGAGAAAACCCUAAUUGAGAAAUAUGGAGAGAUGGUCUCUGAUGGGACCCUUGCAAAAAUGAAAACUAGAGAGAAGAAAUAUAAACCAAUUGCUUUGUAUGUGAAUUCUGCGCAUCAUGUUCGUGAUCCGAUUGCUUACCCUUGGCAAUGGACAUGGAAAGAUGUGUCUACUAAGGUGCAAAACAUGAGGCACCAGUACUUGCUUGUUAAGCAAAAGAUUAAGAAACCUGAGUUUUCAUCAAUGGACAAUUCAGGUUGUGGUGGUGGAGAGUGUAGUGGCAAUGGGGAUGAGUUUGAUUGGUUGGAAGGGCGCACACAUUGGUCGAAUUUUUUGCUGUACAAGGAGGUUUUUGGGGAUCUUCCAGUUUCUUAUGGAACUAAUGGUAGUAAUUGUAAUGAUUUGAUGGGGGUCUUGAAUGAGGAUAGGGAGAAUGGUGGGGGUUUGUUAGGGGGUGUCAGGGGAAUGGAGAUGGCAGAGUUUGGCCAACUAGGUAAUUCGGCUGAUGGGGAUUUUGCUGGGAUUGAUGGGGGUGAGAAUGGGGUGCUGGGUUUGGGGUUUGAUUAUGAAGGGGAAGAGGCAGAGGAGAAUUGUAAUGGUAAUGAUCGGGUGAGGGAGGAUGGAGAUGAUGGUUUCAUGUAUGAAGAAGUGGAGCCAAAUGUGUCUAAUUUGAGGAAAAAGAGGAAGGCACUGAAGGGAUUCCAGAAAAGGGUGUUUGGAUUUCUAUCAAACCAGUUGGUGCAGUUGAGGGACAUGGAGGCUCGGUUUGAGCAACGUGAGCUGGAGAGAGAGCGGGAGAGGCAAGGAAGAGAGAAUGUCCUGGUGGAGAGGGAGCAAGAAUGGGAACGGAAGUUGGAAGAAAGGGAAAAGAAGAGGGAAGAGAUGGAAAAGGAUAGGGAAAAGUUAACGAGGCAGAGGAUUCAAGAAUGGGAAGCUAUGGAGAAGGAGAGCGAAGAGAGGGAAAGAAGAAGAAGAGAGGAGGAGUUGAUUCAAGAGAGGGAAUGGGAAGAUAGGAUGAAUAGGAAGAGGUCAGAAUGGAAGAAGAGGAUUGAUGAGAUGUUGAGUCAGCACCGAGCAGAAAUGGGGCAGUUCCAGACUCGUAUUCUUCAUGAGCAACAAAACCUUACUGGCCAGUUGCUUGGGAUUGUUUCACAAUGGACUACUCCAACUGGGCUCUCUGAUCAUACUGGUGCUAGCAACCAUUAUCUUUCACAAAUGAUGCAUAAUUUGCACCAUGUAAAUGGUAUGGUUCAUGGGGACAGUAGGGUUGAUGGAGAUACUCAGGAUGACCAAUUUAUUGUUGAUGGAUGAGUCCUUUUCUGUAAAACCAUUAUCGUCGUGUUGAGCUGGGAUAACAGUGGAAUGUCUCUGCAUUUUUACGUCAGUAACAAUUGUAAAGGUCAGAUUUGCUACUCAUUUUGUCAUGUUCUCUUGGUAGAGAUGCUUGUAUAUUUAUCUGUGUAGUGCAAAGUUGCAGUCAAUAAGGGGUAGGUAUUUGUUUGUUUCAACUACAUAUCAUUUUAUGUUCAUGUCUACAAAGAUACGAUUCUUAUUUGGUAAUGGAUCAAUUGCGCCAUAGACGCAUUUCAUUGUCA